GAUAUUUUUGCACCCCCCUCCAAAAGAUGUCAGCAUCCUACUGUCCUUAUUCUCCUGGAGAAAUCCCGUAGUUCAGACCAGUGGAACACCAAACGAUUACUGUGUUGCCAAAUGCAAAAAUGUCAUGUCCGAAUAACAUAGCGGCCGGUAACUUCCUGAUGGAUUCUUUAAUGGGAGGAUCAUCUUCCUUCAGGGGUGAGGGUUAUUCCAGCAACCCCGGGAUGUACAUCCACACAGCUGCAGAGUACGGAUAUUCGGUGAUGAGAAACAUUGGUAAGAUUGGACAAUCUGCCCUCUCCAAAAGAGACGAGGUUCCUCCGAGCAGUCUGCCGCUCAGCGGCUUCCAGGAUGCGCCCUACCUGUCAACACAGCUGGCCACAUGGACCCCAGGCUCCAAAACCAGUAGGGACGAACAACCUGUUGCCCAGUGUUUACAACCCUGCUCGUUUCCAGCGGGCAACGUCAAAGAGGAGGCGUUUUGUUGCCUCUACCAGGAUGACAGCAAUAAGGGGAAACAGACAACAGAGUCGGCCACUUACAUCCGGCUCGGUGACAAUAGCUGCAGGUCUGAGCAAACCGCCUCGUCCAGCGGCUGUUUCCAGGUGUACAACGGAGAGAGGCCCCAGCAGGACGAGCAGCAGUUCCCCUCCGGCUUCUCUCUGACCCACUUGGCGACAUCUGUUGAAUCAGCAUCAGAGUCGACAAUAAGUUGCAGCAAAUCGGCGCAGGACACAGCGAGAGAGGUUUCAAAGACAGAUGAGAGUCAGAGCAGGAAGGAAGGGAAGGCCAAGAGUGACAGCUGUUCAGAUAACUCGGACGGGGAAUUAAAAGAUGAUUUAUUCGCGGAAAAGACAACGGGAAGCUGGUUAAAAGCCAAAAGUGGAAGGAAGAAGCGGUGUCCCUACACAAAGCACCAGACGCUGGAGCUGGAGAAGGAGUUCUUGUUCAACAUGUAUCUGUCUCGGGAGCGCCGCCUGGAGAUCAGUCGAAGUAUCAACCUGACCGACAGACAGGUCAAGAUCUGGUUCCAAAACAGACGCAUGAAGCUCAAGAAGCUCAACAGGGAGAGCCAAGAAAGGGAGCACAGUGCAGUUUAUAACUAUUCCUGAAGAGAUUUCUACCUACACAUGCAUUCACAAACACACACACAUACACACCCAUACACAUGCACAUACACACACACCCUACAUCUCUGCAUAAACAUUACAGAUACAGACAGACAUGCAUGUGUCAUCUUAGAAUGCAUUCAAUAAUCAUUCAUCAAAUUUCUCUUUAUGUGCACACCACACACUCACAUACACAUGGCGUGCCUUCCUUCCUAUAUGAACUAUGAAACGCUGCGACCCGCAGACUAGACUAUAGAGUUCCAGGUGAACCCUUGCAGCAGCAUUGGGACAGUGAGGUGCUUUUACCUUGCAAUGAUAAUAAUAAUAUAACAUGAAGCAAUCUCAAGCAGUCUAUAAAUAACUCGUGGCAUGUAAGCAGUUUCACUUUGCUGUGCUACAGCCUAAUGUAUGUUUUGCCACUUGUGCAGCUUCUUCGUUGGUGUUUGUUUCUGUGGCAUAUUCUUCGUGCAGUGUAAUGUGCGUGCACCAGACGAUAUUAAGCUAUGUCAUGGCAAACGAUUCCAAAACAAUAAAAGGAGGGGGAAAUGGAAAGGUAUUACCAACUUUGUCCUUCCCCUGGCAUAGUGGUACAAAUGAGAGGGAGGGAGAGACACUGCGGAUGAGAGAAGAGGUUCAUGGCAGUUUUAAUAGAAGUGAGAGACCAUAACGUUGAUUUAAAUAUUAUCCAGGUGACCACAGUAAGUCAAGGUCAUAAAAUUCUAAUGUCAGGUUCGCCCUGGAAAGCGUUGGGGGUGGAUUUUAUGAUCUGCAAAUAUAAUGUGCUGCAGCAGUAAAGAUGCGUUUAAAGGUGUGUGUGGAGGAGGGCUAAUCCACACAGCAAAGACUGCAAUGUGCAGGAUCCAGCCGAGUCGCUGGGCUGGAAGGAGCAGCCGCCUCCACCCGGGAUAAUGGAGCAGGAGAUAAGAAAGAUGGUGGAUAAAAGGGACAGCAACCGCGACGGCUGCAGGAACAAUAAUAACAACAGGCAUAACGGCAAACACGUGGAUAACUAAACGCACCGGGAAGACUUCUGCAGGAGGCAACAGAAGAGGGAUCUUCGGGACAGUCGCCGCCUCUAGCAGCCGCUGCGUUUAUCCCCCCCACCACCACCCCACCCCCCCGAGGCAAUAAAGCCGCGACUGGGAAGAGAAAAGAAGCAAGCAUGCCUGCUAGAAAAGACUUUUCUCGGCAAACAGACAGUCUGUCUCCAUGAGCUCCUUAUCCGGGAUGUGAAGACAGUACGUGGGAGAUGUCCGCUCUGUUGAUAUUUCCCACUCGCCUUCGUGACCCCUCAGCCGCUGUGUUGGACCACAGCGAAGCUACAAACUACGGAGAGCGUGCUGGGACAGUUCAUCGGGUCAAAAUGAGUGGGACCGUGGAUUUAUCAGUAAAUAAACGCAGGCUACUCAAAGAAAUGUUGCUUGAAGAAAUAUCGCAGAAGCUUCUUCGGGCGCCCCAAGUUGCCAGAGGAUUACUUUGCAACUCCAGAGCUCCGCCAUUGGAGGACGGCCGCACGUGACUACGGCACCCUUCUGUUGCAGGUUGAACCCAGGUGAACAGUGUCAGAGCCCACUGGAGCCUCUGGUUCACUGCCAUGCCAAGGGCAAGCUGGACACCAAGAGCAGGA